AUGGCCACCUGUGCUGCUCUAGUUACAGGAUGCAUUCUUGCAUCCCGCCCGCCUUGCGUGAAUCAUGUUAAUAGAAGGAUCCAGGGCCGUAGGUCCCUUCGAUCUCAGCACAACCAUGUUAGACCUCAUUUUCCGGGCUCACAUAUAAGCCAAUUGUUCGGCUGUGCUCCUGUUGGUGGCCAUCUCACAGUUGCCCACGCUCAAGGUUAUCCCACCAUGGAUGAGACAACUGAUGCAAGCCCUUCGUCAAAACUCCAUACAAGACUGAGACUCUGGGAGUUUCCUGACUCUUAUAUAUUUGAACCAAUUGAUGGCCUUGCUGACUUGUACUUGUCAGUUAGCCGGACCAGUGGAACAAUGAAUCUAGUUCAAGACUUGCCGUCACGUGGACCCACUACAAAACAUAAAGUUCAAACAGUAUAUGGUGUGAUAGGAGUGCUCAAACUUGCAGUUGGAUCAUAUUUUGUGGUGGUCACGGAUCGUGAUUGUGUGGGAUCCUACUUUGGACACGCAAUUUUUAAAGUGACAGGGCUAAAAGUUCUUCCCUGCAAUAAUGCACAUAACACCACCUCUGCUGAACAGAAAAAAAUGGAAUCAGAAUUCUCGGAACUCCUGGAUGCUGCAGAGAGGACUGUUGGCCUUCACUUUUCCUACGAUAUCAACCUAACACUUUCUGCACAGAGGCUACAUGAUCUAGGCGAUGAGUAUAGAGCUCUUCCUCUUUGGAGACAGGCGGAACCAAGAUUUCUAUGGAACGCUUACUUGUUGGAACCUCUAAUUGAGAACAAGCUGAACCAGUACUUAUUGCCAGUAAUUCAAGGCAGUUUUCAAAAUAUCCAAGCAGAAGUUGGGUCAGAGAAGGCAAAUGUGACCCUGAUUGCACGUAGGUGCACACGAAGGAUAGGUACUCGAAUGUGGAGACGAGGAGCUGAUGCAGAGGGUUAUGCUGCAAACUUUGUUGAAUCAGAGCAGAUAAUGCAGUCAAAAGGGUUUACAGCAUCCUAUGUACAAGUUCGAGGCUCUAUGCCAUUCUUGUGGGAGCAGAUUGUUGAUUUGACAUACAAACCUAGUUUUGACAUUGUUAGACAAGAGGAGGCGCCUCGUGUACUUGAGAGGCACUUCCAUGAUUUGCAAAAGAAAUAUGGAGCUGUCUUAGCUGUUGAUCUUGUCAAUACAGGUGGCGGUGAGGGUCGCCUCCGUGAAAGAUAUGCAAAAUCUAUUGAACCUAUUCUUAGUGAAGAUAUAAGAUAUGUGCACUUCGACUUCCACCGAGUUUGUGGUCAUAUUCACUUUGAGCGCCUUUCUCAGCUGUAUGAUCAUAUCAAGGACUAUCUUCAGAAACAUAAGUACUUCCUUGUAAAUGAUAAAGGAGAGAAAAUUGAGGAGCAGACUGGCACUGUAAGAACAAAUUGUAUAGAUUGUUUGGAUCGCACCAAUGUGACUCAGAGCAUGAUUGGGCGAAAAAUUCUGGAAAGCCAACUUCAACGUAUAGGAGUUUUUGGUGCUGGUGAUACAAUAAGCAAACAUCCAGCCUUUGAUACAAACUACAAAAUUUUGUGGGCCAAUCAUGGAGAUGCAAUAAGCAUUCAGUACUCUGGAACUCCUGCUCUGAAGGGAGAUUUUGUUCGGUAUGGGAAGCGAACUACUCAAGGAAUUCUGAACGAUUUGAGGAAUGCACUUGGUAGAUACUACUUUAAUAACUUCGUUGAUGGGACUAAGCAGGAUGCCAUGGAUCUUCUUCAAGGACAUUACAUGACAUCUGUUAGUCGAGACAUGGCAGUGCCAAGCAAAGCAGGACUUCUGGAGAGUUAUGCGUCCUUCCGCCUUGCUUUUGCAUUGGUUAUGGGAGCUCUAAUGUUCAUGAUGAUGUCACUAAGACAAGCUCUCUGUCUGCUCCAUCAACUUGUCCAGCCUGCACUUAUAAAAGCUCCUUGUGCCUUUGGUGGCAAGUCCUUUUCUUCCCCUCUACCGUGCUACUACACUACACCCAUGGUGAUGGAGGUAACCGCCGCGAGGCGAGCCGAGGUGGACACCUCCCGGCCGUUCCAGUCGGUCCGGGAGGCAGUGGAGGUGUUUGGCGAGCGGAGGCACGGCGGCGGCAACGGCAGCUCCAACGGGAGCAGGGCGCCCCCGGCGGCAGCCUCGCCAUCGUCCGUGUUGCUGGAGUGCCUGAAGAAGCUGGAGGAAGACCUGGCGGAGGCCAAGGGCGAGGUGGUGGAGCUGAGGCAGAGGCAGGCCCAGAUGGAGGUGGCCGUGUCCAGCCUCAGCGUGCAGUUCAGCAAGGGCCUGGCCGUCUACUCCAGCCUCAGCAAGGGCAAGGAGGUGGCCGUCGUCGUCAGAGAAGAGGAGGACAGUGGUGGCCAUGGCCGCGUCCGCAGCGACCGGUGGGACGAGAGCCGGGCCGAGGAGUGGGUGGCGAGCCUCGAGUACCUGCCGAGCCUGUCGGAGGCGCUGGCAAUCAAGAUGGUCGAGGAUGACCUGGGCGACAGGAGGAAGGAGAGGAAGGUGAAGAAGAACGGCAAGAAUAAGACUGCCAGUGCCAGCAGGACCAAGAAGCACAAGAGCGGCAGGAUCUCAUUGCAAUUGGUUGGGGGCAUGUUCUGCUCCAAGAAAGCCAAGUCCAGGUGA